GUUAAGUAGCUGUGUAGUAGACUCCUGAGAAGACACCGGAGCGGCACAGUCUCUGAUAACUGGAUACCUGAAUCCAAAGGUGCUAAGACUCUCCAAGAAGCCGUGACGGGACACCCGGUCAGAGAAAAAAGGAUUUUGACCCGCGUAAAAAACGAGGGAGGAGGCGCCUCUCGCGUUGGAGCAGAACCGCUUUAGAUGGAUUCUUCAUGUUUGCUUCAGCCUCAGCGAAGACAGCCAGCUCUGAACACUCACAAACCGUGACAGUGAGGUGUAAAACAUGACGCAUCGCAGCGUAUGGAUAGCCGAAGACAUGAGCUGCGCCCAGCGUGGAAGAAGCCGCGGCUCUCCUCUCCUCUCCGGUGCGCACUUGGAGCAGAAUGCGCACAGGGCAGCUGGUGGGACCAGAUGGAGAGUUCGGAGGAAGGAUAGACAGGAGAUUACCUCUGUAAUGUCAGCAAAGGCCAAGGUGCUGCUGUGGGUGCUCCUCUCUCUGCUGCCUCUGGUGGAAGGAGCUCAUAUGAAAACUGGUGCUGCCGGUGUGGGAUCAGACUCGGGCCACGCCGUGGGCCUGCUGGCAGGCCAGGAGGAGCGAGAGCUUCCUGUGACGCUGCCAGAGGUGGUGGAGGACGAGGAGCAGGAAGACGACAGCGACCCUUACUCUACUUGGCAUGCUCUAUACGACCCCUUUGUAAUAGACGAAAUGGAUGACCAUCCCAGUAGUCGCUGGGCAGGGCGCUCUCCACGCUCCUCUGACCCCUCGGAGCCUCAACCCAAAGGAUCUCCAAAGAAAAAGAAGAAGAGGAAGAAGAAAGAAAAGGAGGAAGAGGAAGAGACGGGCAAAGCAGAUAGAAAGGGUAAAGGUAAGAGCAGACAGCCGAAGCAGAGCAGCAGGGACUGCCGCGUGGAGAAAAGGGAGAUGAGGGUUCGGGACUUGGGCCUGGGCUUUGACUCGGAUGAGAUUGUUCUCUUCAAGUUUUGCGUGGGUUCCUGCCAGGCUUCCAGAACAAACUACGACUUGGCACUGAAGGCGCUGCUGGAGAAUGGCUCGCUGCCUCGACGUACCGCCCGCAAGGUCAGCAGCCACCCCUGCUGCCGUCCCGACCGGUACGAGCCGGUUUCCUUCAUGGACGCCCAGACCACGUGGAGGACCAUCCAGUCGUUAUCAGCUGCCAGCUGCAUGUGUAUGGGCUGAAGACACGCGCGAAGGUGACGAGGAGGGAGGUCACCCAUCCUGAACGGAGAGGAGUCACGAGGCAGAGGGGGGCGCUGUCACACACACAGAAAAGAAGUGACGGAGGCCACUUGUUGAUUUCCUGUUGAGGAGAAAAAGGGGCUCUUCUCAUUUCUUGUUUUUUACCUCCUCACCUCCUCCGUCCUCCUGCCUGUGACCUGGAAUUUCAAUUCAGCGUGUUAACGUGAAGGAUAUCUCAACUCCCAAAAUGCAUCUUGAUGUGAGAGGAGGCUUGUCGGAGCUAUGAACGAGGAUGUAUCAUGUGCAGGAGUCUUUUCAGCGGCCGUGACCUAUAAAGGAGCCGUGACACACAGCUGACGAUGCUGCUGUGCUACACAUCAUAUUCAAUUGACGUCCCUUCAAUAUGACGGCUCCAAAACAUGGAUAUUCAUGGAUAUUUCGUUUUGUUAAACACCCUUUGCCCCUCCUUGUGUCCUUCGUGGCCUCCUCCGCUUGCAUCUCAGGUGGGAGGGAUUAAGACGCGCAAAGAAAAUUUGAGAGUGUACAAACUGAAAAAGGAUAAAAGUGGUGGGUGUGGCGGGAUGACUGAGGUUAAAGGUCAUGAUGAGAGACUGAGGGGGAAGUCAUCAGGGAACCACAGUCCUGAUUUAUUGUUGCGUCUUCAAAGAGUGAAUUCUUUUCAACUGAAUAACAGAAAACUCCGCACCAGUUCAUACACAUAAAAGAGACUCUAUAUGCGAACAAGACUGCUCUGACUUCAUCUGGGCGAGAUCUGAAGGCUGAAACUCAAGAGAUAUAAAGAAAAGACACGAUUAAAGGACUGACACUGUGUUUAUAUUCUGACUUAAAAUGAAAAAAAAAGACUGAUAUGACGUUCACUAUUACUAACAGUGAAACCCCAAAAGCUAUAUCAUUUUUUCCCGCAUAAAAACAGGGACAUGACAUCGUAUUGUUUCUAUGUUCAGGUGAACUCAGCCAAAUGGAUGCCAUGCAUCUUCAUGUAUUACUGUAUAAAAGUAACAUAUAUUUAUUUCUGAUAAAUUAUUUAUUUAUUAUAGCUUCAUAUGAGAGCUGUUUUUAUUAACUCUAUAUUGUAGAUAAAUAUCUAUUUAUUGCCGAGAUUCAGAUUUCAUGUUGACAGUUACUUCUCACAUACAGUGCGUUCUUUCCUUUUUUCAAAGGUGCUCCUUUUCAUUUUUAUCCAAUGCCUCAUGAACUUUGUUCAGACAGCUGAUUCUGGGCAGAAUCAGAUUAGAUUCAGUGAACAUUUCUGAAAUUAACUGAAUGAUUUUAUGAAGCAAAAACAUGAUCCAAAAGCUCAAUUUCUCUCUUACAUUUUAUCCCAGAUAGAAAAAAAAUCCUAAUAAUAGAUAUCAGAAACAAGUUGACCUACAUUGACAUGAUCUGGCAUACUUAAAGGGGAACUAUCUAAAUGAGGAAUUUCAAUGUUAUUUCCAUGGCUUAAAGAUGUUCAAUAAAUAUUUUUGAACAUGAACUACUCUCUCUCAUAGCCAGAAACUAGAGACGUAAGUCUCCAACUUGUGAUGUCCAUAGGUGGUUUAUGAGAAAAUUGCCCCUGAGCACAGAUAUGGGUAAGACCCCACCACCUCUCUAACUUAGGAGAGUG